GAAUUUUGAUUGAUCCUGACCAAAAGGUCAGCCCUUCCUGAGAAACAGCAUGGACGCCCGAGAAUGCAGUGUGUGUGCCCUGUAGGUGCCUGAGGCAGCAGAACAUCAAAAGAGAACCUUUUGCAACACAACAACUUUCCUCCAGGACUCACGGCAGGGGACCAAGACCCCCAAAACACCCCUCUCGGGAACCAGAACUUUAUCUCGAUUACAGGAGACUCCCUGGAGAGUUACACUUGAUUUUCAAACACCACAUCUCCAUACAAAUGAUGGAUCUGCAGACAAAUGUCUGACCCCUCUACCCCUCCUUUCCUUGUUACCUCCUCAACACAGGACAGUUUACAGCACACCAGAUGAUUAUGUGUAAGAAAGGUCAUAUCAAAUGUAAAUAACAGUGGAAAAUAUUCAUGUUUCACUUCAUUACAAAGGUUUUAUCGCGACUGGUACACAGGUCUCAUUCUCACAUCAAUAAAACAAAUAGUAAAAGGUUUAAUAGAGUUAAGAAAACUUAACUCUACCCAAGGGGCGUACACCCCACUACAAAUGUAUCCAGGACGAGGUGCCUCCCAUAGGUCUGUAAGAACCAAUCACUGCAAACUUCCAUUGAUAAAUAAUGUUUACAUAAUGUUUAUUCUAUCUGGGUAUAUAAGGAGAGCUGACAAACAUUUCAGGGAAUCUGUAACCAGAUAUCCCGCACAAUUACUGUGUGUCGUCUUUACCAGGUAUGAAAGGUUUUUAUAUUUCCUGUUCUAAUGUAAAUACUAUUGGUUUGUAUUUGUAUUAUAUUUUAUUGAAUUUUGAAUUGGCUUGAAUUGUGAUUUUCUUACCUGGUUAAUAAAUUGUUAUGUUUGGAUUUAUUCUGUGGCUACGAAAGUUAUUGACAUGAUUAGUAAAUUACGAUGUAUCCUUGUUUCCGCAACGUCUGGAAAUCAGGCUAGUUUUUACGGACUAAAAUCCCAGACUAGAUGGCAUAGUAGUACAUCAGCGGAGGAUUUUAGAGAUCCGACUAGCACUUGGCGCUAGUUUAAGUUAAAUUAGAUGCGUGGAGGCUAAUUUCCUGUUUAGAGUAACAUGUAAAUGUUGUCUGACCACUCUAAAUCAGACGAGCCUCAACCUCUGGUUAUUUCAAUAUUAAUCUAAGUUGCAUAUUAAGUUAUGUCACGAUUAUACAAAGCUAUCAUUGGAGAAGACGGUCAGUUUGUUUUAUGAUAGUGGUCGUGAGCCUCUGGUUAGAAACAAAUAUUGUAAUAAUUAAGUUGCACCUCUAUGGGGACUAAAUAAAGUAUGUUCAGAGAUGAGCACGCAUGAAAGGCGGCCUUCUGAACAUAUGGUCUAACCUCUAGCAGCGACCAAGCCUGAUCCGGUUGUGAUCGUGGGCCCGCAUGAUUAUUAAAUAUUAAUAAACGGCCGGUGCGUGAGUCCAAAGCGACAUGAGUAGCCGAAUGAACGGAUGCAAUAACAAGUAGGGCAAAACAAGAGUAACCAAACAUCUGAACAAAUUAUGAUUAAGAUUAAAAUGAUAAUAAAUUAAACAACAACAAACACACUUUAUUAAAUUGGAGUCAGAUUAAACGAAGGGUUUGUUAACUAAAUUGAAUGAAUGUUUAAAUCUAUAUCUUAUUAUCCAAUGUGAAAGGAAAGACUGAAACGCGCGAGAAUCCUUCGCCACGCCUCUGGAGACCGCCAUUGGACCAGUGGGUGGUGCCUACCUUACAAGUUGGUGAACCCGGACGUGAUCUCUCUACCUGCACGGGCGAGUGACGUCUUUCCGACGCGACUAUUCAGUUUUGGAUUCCCACAGAAAGAUAUGAGGUUUGAUCUCCUCCUCCCCUGUCUACAGCUGCUGUGGUUGACUGCAGCAAUCCCAUGGAGACCGGACGAGAGGAAAGUUUCCGGACCCGCUUGCAUCAAGCUGGGUCAAAGGGUUUCACUCACACACACACUGGAAUGCGGGAGAUGGGUAUGGAAAUACACAAAGAGGCCAUCCACAUUUCUCAGUACACUUUCAACUAGAAAACUAGUCACGUGGCCUCCCGGAGUAGUACCGGAACCAAAUUGCGCAACAAAAAUUUGCUGUAAAGUAGGCUCCGACCAUCUCCCUAUAGUAAACAUUUCAGGUGACACACCGGCACCCACAUUUUUCCACAACAUAACAGCCUGGUAUCAACUUAAAGCAGAGCCAGGAGCAAAGAUUGGGAGCAUGCGCACUCUCUAUGAAAAAACCAACAAUGGAUUAGAUCCUAAAAUCUGUUAUUCAACCAAAGAUUUAGAGCCCGCAAUAUAUAGGUGCACACACACUGAGACAAUCAACAAUACACAUAUGAGUUAUACCGAAUAUAAAUUCGAUGUAACUUCAUAUGUACCUAAUAACAAUCAACCCGAAGCCUUUGUCUGGACUAGCCGGAGAGAAGGCAUGUAUUGCGUGGGAAAAUGUGUCAAUGACCCAGAUAAUUACACUGGACCACAGAAUUGCACAUGGACAAUGAAUCAUUGCUUUAAUUUAACCACCUGUGGAUAUAGCAAACCAAAGAAAUGUCCGAAACUGUAUCCUAUUCCUCCUGGUGGAUUGAUAAAAGGGAAUGUUAACAAGACAUUAUUUCAUGAUGUAAAUCUAGUAAUGACACAUGUAUCAUACAAUAUUUCCAACAUUUUAUCUGCUUAUGUUAAUCACUGUGAUAACAAUGACAAGACAAAUGCAUGGCUACAGUCACGAAUCGAUGAUUUAAUUUCUGAUUACAAAAACAGACUUGCCGUGCAAAUCUCACCUGCACGCUCGAAACGAGAUCUGCUCGGAAACAUAGCAGGUCUCUUCGGCUCAGUUAAUUCCAUUGCCAACAACUACAAAAUAACUGAACAAUCACAAUAUUCAACAUGGUUGGCAAACCAGGUGGCCACUGGUUUUCAGCAUAUCACAAAUAGCAAUGAAAAUAUCAUAAAGGCGGUUCGAUCCGAAGCGCAGGCGCUUCUUGCGAUCAGCCACACAUUAUUCAAUCAGACCCGUACCAUCGAACGUGACUUAGCCUGUAGGACAUAUGCACAAGAUCUAUUCACUGCUGCUAGACAAGAAAUCCUUGAUCUUCGUCUGUACAAGACACCUAGACAUGUUUUGAAUGACCUUGUAGAGAUCUUAGAUCUACAUAGGUGGUAUGAAUCGGAACAAAUGAAAAAUUUAAGAUAUUCUGAAUUACUAUCCACCAUAAUGAUGUUUACAGGAAAUGAAUGUAAUGGAUGUAUUGGGUUUUUCGUCAGUUUUCCUUUAAUACACCCAGAUCAGGUUUUUCCAAAUUCCACUACCAUACGCUCUAUGGGCGUGGUAGUGAAGGAUCAGGUAAUUAAAUGGGACCACCUCACUGGAUACAUGACACAAAAGGGUAAUGAGACCUUGUUUACCAGUCGCACAUGUUGCCAUGAAACGCACAAUUAUGUUAUCUGUACAUGUAACACAUUGCAACCUUUCUUCCCCAAUGACACCAAACUUAUAAAUGUUCAGUCGCUGCAUGGUUACUCUGAUGUUAUCCAGGUGUCACACUCACAGUGGUGCGUGGUCAGUGAGAUGAACUCUUUUACCUACGGAGGACUGACCUGCUCUGCUAAUCACUCGUUCUGCUUGGAAGUGACAGAAGACCUUUCGAUGGGUCAAGUCAACAUUUUAGGAAGAGUGCCACUGGACACAGAGACUUCACCAUGGUGGGAUGACACUUUCUAUGAGCAAGGUACCCAAGCUGUGGUUGACACGAUGGAGCUAACACAGAGACUGAUCCUGCAAACUGAAUACCACCUCAGCCAAGCGCAGGUUGAGAUCAACCUGGCACGAAAGACUGCACAACUGUUAUCCAGUUCAUCCACCCGGUCGGCACAGUACACAUACACCUGGUGGGACUGGGUGUUCCGGGGUUGUGCCAUUGGCAGUGCCCUGAUCUUCACCUUCACUAUGUUCCAGUGCUGCUACUUCAGGCACCUCAUCAGAUCUACACAGGAAUCCACACACGCUGCCCUUGCCCUCAGCCCACUGCAAAUACCCGUGUUCCAAAGACUGUAAAAAAAAAAAAAAAAAAAAAAAAAAAAACUUUGAUUUGUCUGACCCCGUAGGUACCCUAUCACAAUUCGCCCACGGGGCCAAGCGGGGAAAUACUGUAAGAAUUUUGAUUGAUCCUGACCAAAAGGUCAGCCCUUCCUGAGAAACAGCAUGGACGCCCGAGAAUGCAGUGUGUGUGCCCUGUAGGUGCCUGAGGCAGCAGAACAUCAAAAGAGAACCUUUUGCAACACAACAACUUUCCUCCAGGACUCACGGCAGGGGACCAAGACCCCCAAAACACCCCUCUCGGGAACCAGAACUUUAUCUCGAUUACAGGAGACUCCCUGGAGAGUUACACUUGAUUUUCAAACACCACAUCUCCAUACAAAUGAUGGACCUGCAGACAAAUGUCUGACCCCUCUACCCCUCCUUUCCUUGUUACCUCCUCAACACAGGACAGUUUACAGCACACCAGAUGAUUAUGUGUAAGAAAGGUCAUAUCAAAUGUAAAUAACAGUGGAAAAUAUUCAUGUUUCACUUCAUUACAAAGGUUUUAUCGCGACUGGUACACAGGUCUCAUUCUCACAUCAAUAAAACAAAUAGUAAAAGGUUUAAUAGAGUUAAGAAAACUUAACUCUACCCAAGGGGCGUACACCCCACUACAAAUGUAUCCAGGACGAGGUGCCUCCCAUAGGUCUGUAAGAACCAAUCACUGCAAACUUCCAUUGAUAAAUAAUGUUUACAUAAUGUUUAUUCUAUCUGGGUAUAUAAGGAGAGCUGACAAACAUUUCAGGGAAUCUGUAACCAGAUAUCCCGCACAAUUACUGUGUGUCGUCUUUACCAGGUAUGAAAGGUUUUUAUAUUUCCUGUUCUAAUGUAAAUACUAUUGGUUUGUAUUUGUAUUAUAUUUUAUUGAAUUUUGAAUUGGCUUGAAUUGUGAUUUUCUUACCUGGUUAAUAAAUUGUUAUGUUUGGAUUUAUUCUGUGGCUACGAAAGUUAUUGACAUGAUUAGUAAAUUACGAUGUAUCCUUGUUUCCGCAACGUCUGGAAAUCAGGCUAGUUUUUUACGGACUAAAAUCCCAGACUAGAUGGCAUAGUAGUACAUCAGCGGAGGAUUUUAGAGAUCCGACUAGCACUUGGCGCUAGUUUAAGUUAAAUUAGAUGCGUGGAGGCUAAUUUCCUGUUUAGAGUAACAUGUAAAUGUUGUCUGACCACUCUAAAUCAGACGAGCCUCAACCUCUGGUUAUUUCAAUAUUAAUCUAUCUAAGUUGCAUAUUAAGUUAUGUCACGAUUAUACAAAGCUAUCAUUGGAGAAGACGGUCAGUUUGUUUUAUAAUAGUGGUCGUGAGCCUCUGGUUAGAAACAAAUAUUGUAAUAAUUAAGUUGCACCUCUAUGGGGACUAAAUAAAGUAUGUUCAGAGAUGAGCACGCAUGAAAGGCGGCCUUCUGAACAUAUGGUCUAACCUCUAGCAGCGACCAAGCCUGAUCCGGUUGUGAUCGUGGGCCCGCAUGAUUAUUAAAUAUUAAUAAACGGCCGGUGCGUGAGUCCAAAGCGACAUGAGUAGCCGAAUGAACGGAUGCAAUAACAAGUAGGGCAAAACAAGAGUAACCAAACAUCUGAACAAAUUAUGAUUAAGAUUAAAAUGAUAAUAAAUGAAACAACAACAAACACACUUUAUUAAAUUGGAGUCAGAUUAAACGAAGGGUUUGUUAACUAAAUUGAAUGAAUGUUUAAAUCUAUAUCUUAUUAUCCAAUGUGAAAGGAAAGACUGAAACGCGCGAGAAUCCUUCGCCACGCCUCUGGAGACCGCCAUUGGACCA